CAACAACAACAACGUCGACGAAAACAAGAGAUGAGUCUCUCGACACAGGAGGACCGUGUUUACACGGAGUAAGCUUUAGAAGGUUGAAUCCCACGCCCUCGGCUAUUUCAAGAAUGAUGGAAAGGUCAAGAGGUGGCUGGAGUAGCCUGUGUACACAGUACUCUCCCCUGGCUGCUGGCAGUAUAGAUGGCACUGAUGAUUAUCCUCAUGACCAUGGGAUCAUCAGAGCCAUGGAAGCCAAAUACAAACCUAACAAAGCCGUUAUCGGAAAUCCAGAGACAACCAUUUUUGUGAGCAGACUGAAUCCCCGAACUACGGAAGACACUCUGACAAAGACCUUUUCACGAUUUGGUGAAAUAAAGCGCCUGAGAUUAGUAAGAGAUAUUGUAACAGGAUUUUCAAAAUGUUACGCGUUUAUAGAAUACUAUGAUAGGACAUCGGCUGAGGAUGCUCACAUGGAUGCCUAUAGACUUGUUGUGGAUGAUAAGGAAAUAUUUGUGGACUUCGAAGUAGAAAGAACCAUGAAGGGAUGGGUACCGAGGCGAUUAGGAGGGGGUUUUGGGGGCAAGAAAGAGUCAGGUCAACUUCGGUUUGGAGGGCGUGACAGACCUUUCCGAAAACCCAUAGAAGUGGCAAUGGGCGAGAGAGAUAAUAGACAUGACAGUAAGUUUGGACGUUACCGGUAUAAUGAUAGGCCUGAAGUUAGACGCCGUGACACUGAUAGAGAUCAUAGAGCCAAUAGACCCUCACACAGAGAGAGAGACCGCUGGCCAGACCAGAGAAGGCGGUCACAAAAAUAUGAGCGAGACAGGAGCGAGACUAGAUAGCACUUGGACAGAACAGAACUGCAAUGUACUUGUAUCAUGUAACUGGGUCAUAGUUCGAAUUUCACUAUUUUUUUUUAAUGAGAGCAGUUAUAGUGCAUUUUAAAAAUGCCAGUGUGUAAACUUCAAGUCUCAUUAUUUAAAUGGAAAUUAUAGCUUAUUAACUAAAUAAGCAUUAUAUAUGACCUGAAAGAUAUAUCAUUUGCUUUUUGCAUAUUAGUAUUCAAGUGUAUGUAUCAUACAGUGUUUUAAAAUCACUCCAGUUGUCAUCGUUAGCAGUUAAUUUCAUUGGCUACUUCCAUAUAUGGUCAGGCUAUUGCUGAAUAUGGAUAUGAACGUGGAUACUUGUUAUUUUAAUAUUAACUGAAUUAUGUGUAUGUGCCAUGGAAAGAGAGUUCAUUAAAAUAUUGAAUACAUAUUUGAAAAGGGGGAUAUGGGACAUUUUUUGUUAACACAUAAAUGUGCAUUAUAAUUAGGCUAUCAAAAUUUAAUUCACUUUCUUAAUUUGAUUUAAAGGCUUACAGAAUUGGCAGCGACUGGCUGGUAGUGGAGGUAAAGAGAUCAUGUGUUAAGAACUGUAUUAAACUUGUUCUAUGCUUGAGAAUGCUUCAAAUAAAUCUAAAGCAUCUAAUAUUUGCCUCAGCACAGGUUUGCCUGUCUUACACAGUAGCCAGUCAGUAAUUUAUCUGUACUCCUUUUAAGUGAAAACCUACUUAACAAAUUGAAAUGCAGACUUUGAUAUGGUGUCAAGAUGUAUGUAGGAAAGUGCAAGUGUCUUUUGCUCUGACAUAUUUGCAUUCAUUGCUGGUUGUUGUGGGUAUUACCCGCAUGUAAUGUUACAAGAAGUUCAUGAUAUCAUUUGAUCUCACAAAAAUGAAUUAAGGGCCUCCGUGGCUGAGGUCAGCACUGCCAGCAGGGUGCAGUGACCCAGGAGCCUCUCACCUCUGGACCAAAAGUCCAGCAUAUGCUGUCUUCCUCUCUGACCGUACAUGCGAAUGUCUGCCAACAACUUGUGGAUGGUCGUGGGUUUCCCCCGGGUCCUGUCCAGUUUUCUCCUACCACAAUGCUGGCCUUCGUCGUAUAAGAGAAAUAUUCUUGAGUGCGGUGUAAAACACCAAUCAGAUAAAUAAAUAACAACUGGACAACUGUUUUUAACUGGUCUGAUGGUGAACUCAGAAGUUUUUCUAUCAAAUGUAACACAUUGUAUAUAAUGAAACAUAAUAAAUGUAUUGUCAGCUUAUCAAUGAGUGAUUGCAUCUUAAAUGAAUUAACUUUAGGAGAUUUUAUAGUGAAUAACAUUUCAUAAAAAUUCAUUUUCUUCAUUUAUUUGAUUUAUGUCUAAAGUUGGACGUUGUUGGUUGCAGCACUGAUGCAUGACCAAUACCUCCAGAAGACGCCUAUUUUACUCAUUGGUCUGUCCAUGGUGUAUCGAUUAAAUGUUCAUUUCACUCCAUGGACUAACAACCAAAACUAGUUGUGUGGUUACAUUGUUUUGAUGUCAGAUUAUAUUGUGUGUGAUGUAGAUUUUCAUUGGAACUGAUGAAGGGAUAUGUUUGGUGCAAAUUUUUCAGGGUUUUCCUAUCACCAUAAUGGGAAAUAUUUUUGAA